AUGAUUAAUGAAAUAAAUCUUUCUAUCUUCAGAUCAAGUUUAUCAAUUGCACCAACAACAACUUCAAUAGGUUCAUCAAAUGUAAUUGCAACUGAAAAAGAAAUAUGUCUUAGAUUUAUUGGAGCAUUUAAUAUACUUUUAACACUACUUAUGCUUGAAUAUUUAACAAUAUAUAUUGAAAAAUUGAAAACAUCUGAUAUACAUCCAAUAUCAAUUCUUGAUGGUCUUCAUUUUCAAGCUCAAACACAAUCAAAUCUAUCAAUACCAUUAAAAACACCAAUUGAUUUAUCAACAACAAAAAUAUCUUUACAAUUACCAAAAAUAAAUGUUUGUUUAUUACAAGUUGGUUUAGCUGAAGAUAAUGUUCAAUUAACUGAAUUAUGA